GAGGUCACAUGACCGUGCGUCACGGCGCUCAUGGCUGCGCUGCUGACGCUGAGGACGUAAACAUUUAACACAUUCACGAAAGCGGCUCACAAAACCAAGACAGGCUAUGAGGUGCUCUUAUUAGCGUUGACGGUAAUCUGAGCAGUCUGAGGCCUGACCGCCGAGUGUGCCGUCAUGCACCCGUUUGGCCGUGAGGAGGAGAGCUCCAGACAGGACCUCUUCGGCUUCUUCACGCAGUGUUUACAGCAUGGAGAAUGGGAGCUGGCGGCCGCGUGCGUCCAGCAGCUCGGCCAGGCUGCCGGAGUCGUCCCUCAGGACCCUAGUGACAUCAUCAAAGCCAUCAUCACACACCCUUACCCGCUCACGUGGGAAACAGUGGGAAGCCCUCACAGACUGGCCUGGUUCUGGCUGCAGGUCCUCGAGAGACACUCGAAAGACAAAGUGUCUGUAUCAGUGAGGAGAGAACUGGCCUUUCUGCUGCUGUUAGAAGAUCUUGGGGAGGAGGUUCCUCUGACUGUGCUGAAGGAGCUGCAUCAGGCCUUCCUGGACUCCGAGUUUGAUCAGAAGGACCCCCGCUCAGCUGCGCCCCGGCUGAGUGAUGCUGCUCUGUCCUGUAUCGGCUCCCUGCUGUCCCGGGGCAGGCCGCGGCUGGCUCACGCUCUGCUGGGCUUCCUGAGGGGUCGUGGGCUGGAGGACGUUUUCCUGCAGCAGCUUCUAAAGCACGUGACGGUGGAGCAGACGAGCGAGAUAUGGGCGGAGGAGGUGUGCGCCAUGCUGGCUCUGUUGCCCUGUGGAGCUGGUGGCUCCGGAGCCCAGUUGGAGCCCCUGUGGGAGGGGCUGUGGGGGGCCCGUGAGGGUCCGCUGAGCGAGCAGAGGGUGCUGGGGUGCCUCCUGCGGCCACACAGCCAAACACUGCUCAUGCUGUACUGCUCCACAUCGCUACGACUGCUCCGGGACGGGCUGCUCCGAGGGACCACACACACACAAGCCAAUUUGCCUGAAGCGGAGAGGCUCAUGCUUGGCAUGUGCUGCCAGAGUGACCGGCCGGCAGUUUGGAAAGCCAUGUACUUUGAGUGUCUGAGCAGUGGAAAGCACUUUCUGGAGCAGGUGCUGGUAACUGGGCUUGACCUCAUCAAGAGGGAGGAGUUUUCUAAGCUGGAGGCAUUACUGAAGGCGGAGUUUCAGCCACUGUCCCGCCUCUUGCUCUUGCUGGGUUGGAAGCACUGCCAGAGCCUCGACUCCGCCCAGAUGCUCCUCAGCACUCUGCACAAACAGCAGGCCCAGGCUAAUGAUACGGUACUUAGCGAGUUUGCAAAUAUUUUCUCUUCUCAGUUAGGGGUCCUGGAGUGGUGUGUCCAAAACAACCCAGGGAUAUCCCAUGAGGCCUUGCUGUCUCAGUUGCAUGCUCUGGAUCACCACUCUGCUCUCUACGUGCUGCAUUCUCUCACUCCUUUGGCCCAGUAUGAAGAGCGGAGAGUGCUGGAGCUACUGCAAGCUGCAGGAGACCCUUCGCUGGAGGACAUUCAAAACAGCUCUGUACAGCGGAACGUCACCCUCUUCAGAGGUUUCUGUGCCAUGAAGUAUGCCGUCAGUGCCGUGUGUGUGAACGCACACUCGCACGCCAGCUGCUCAGACUGCGGUUCACUGCGUGCACAGCAGAAGGAACAAGCUCAGGAGGCCCAGGCAGCUGAAGGACACUCCUCACUGUUCCAGCAUUACCUUUCAGAGUGCCAACUCUACCUUGAAGCAGUUCCUGCAAUGUUCCGUUUGGAGCUCAUGGAGAACAUCUUUUCUCUCCUCUUUCUGUCUGACGCCGACUUCAGUCACCACCCAGAGCCGUGUGGUACCUGCACAGUGACCCAAAACAGUGCCUUUGCAGAGACUGAGCAACAGAGCACCAGCGAUGAGAAGCUCAAGGAGGACAGCAGUUCAAAAGCAGAAAAGGAGGACAGGUCAGCAGGGCUGAAGGAUGAGAGAAAAAGUGAUGGAGAGCCAGAAACAAAGAAUGCGCUCCCUGAGCUGAGCCACCUGAUUUCUGGCUGCCGGGGCUUUCUGCUGGACGUGUGUGGGAUGGAGGGCAUCCUGCGCCUCCUGAGGGAGGGGUUGGAGGGGGUGUGUGCGCUCGGGCAGGUGGACGGCAGAGCGCUGGGCGCUGAGGCGGAGCUGGCGGAGAGCCUCGGCUGCUCUGUUACCGUGGAUACGUUAAGCGCCCGCUUACAGAGGCUGUCCAAACGAACGGCUGAAGCGAGUUGGAGGCUGCAGAUCAUCACCAGUAACCAGGGCAACGGGAUGGGUGGGUCGGUUUUGCCCUCCCCGGGAGUGCGUUCGGCUCUGUCUCUGAGACGCAGCAACAGCAGUGGGGUUUCUAGUAUUAGAAGGAAGAAGCGACGGCAUCAUCAUCGCUCCGAACGACAUAUCUCUUCUGAACGACAGAAUGGAGAGGUCAGCACCAGCACUUCAGAUGGUGGCAGUGCUGUGGCGGUGUCUUUGGAGCAGGACGGGUGUGGGUGCGGAAGCCCUCACAGCUGGCUGGUCCCCGCCAUGCUCUCCCCACCUGAGUCUUUACUCAUCUCUUGUAUCCGCAAGGGCAACUACGUGGAGGCCCACCAGGUGAUGCUGAUGUUUGGGCUGGAGAACGCUUCGUGUUCUGGGGAGCUUUUCUUCAUGGAGCGAUACCGCGAGGUUCUGGCUGAGCUGGCUCAAGUGGAGCAGAAGAUUGAGAGUCAGUCACUUUCUUCAUCUUCAUCAUCCUCAGAGGCCCUGGGGUCAGUGGGGGUCACAGGGCCUGGGCGGAGCCGACUGGGCAGCAGCAGCAGAUCCACCUUGCAGAGUAUCGGCAACGCAGCUGCAGCAGGCAUGGCGUUUUACUCCAUCUCUGAUGUGGCUGACCGGCUGCUCAGCACGGCAGCUCGCCCGCUGCCCUGUCUUGAGGAGAGUUACUGGGUCUCUCGCCCUCUCUCGGACUCCUCCGAUCAUUUACGCCCCCUGUUGGAGGAGCUGAGUCCCGCAGGCAUGGCCGCCUUUGACCUGGCCUGUUGCCAGUGCCAGCUGUGGAAGACCUCACGGCAACUGCUGGAGACGGCCGAGAGGAGACUGCAUGCCUCACUGGAGCACAGAGGUGUGAGAGUGGAUCCAAAGCUUCUUCACUGUGAAGGAAUCCGCGGCUUUCCUUCUGUUCUGCAGCAGAUGAGCAAAAUUCUCAGCAGGACGUCAGUCGGAAAAGGUCCUCCUAAAUCAGACUGUAACGGAGAGGAUGGUGUGGUUUUGACCCCUUUUGGCUGCAGUGCUCAGGAGGUGCUGCUCUGUUGUUAUCCGUCGUUAACCGAGGAAGGCAUUGCUGCCCGUCUCAUGCUUGUCCAGCGCCUAGAGGUCAUUCUUCAGACCCUGACCUCUGCCACAGAACUGGCUGGUGAGUGUCUGUCUUGUAGCCAUGUGCUGGCGUCUCUGCUGGAGCAGGUGGGGCUGAGGCCAUCAGAACUCGACUCUCACCCCAUACGCUCAGCCAUGAAACAGCUACUGCGCUCGCUGGACCAGCUGUGCCCGUUUGAACUGGACAACGCCACCUGCAGGCCGGACUACAUGCGCAGCUUCCUGGAUUACAUCAACAUGCUGGCGUCGGUGCUGGUCCGCAGCCUUGGCUCUGAAGAUCAGAGUUUGGAGGUGAAGCUGGGAAAUCCUCUCCUCGUCCUGCUGCAGUCCCCCACCCAGCUGCUCUCACACCUGCUCUUCGACAGGCAGGUGACACCUGACAGGGUGUUGUCUCUGCUGCGUCAGGAAGGCCUGCGUGUGAGUGUCCAGCAGGUCAUAGUGCAGCGCUGCUGUGAACCCCUCCCUCUGUUGGAUCCUCGUGCCCCGAAGGUCGCCGGUGUCACCGGAGGUGCCUUCUGUCCAGCCAGCAUCUCCUCUCUAAUCCAGCAGCAUGCACAGGACCGUGCACUGGCCCUCCUUGACCUUUCUCACCUCUCUGAGCUCUCUGACCCUGCCCCGGCCUCUGAGCCCAGCUCUGAAUCCGAUGUUUCUGUAGAAACAAACCCUUCUACCUCCCCUCCCUCCCCAUCUUCAUUGUCGUCUUCGUUGUCAGCCUUCCUCCUCACACCGUCGGCUCUGUCCUUCCUUAAGUCUCGCUCUCCACUCGUGGCCUCCCUGGCGUGCCUGAGUGCCAGCCGGAGCGGCGAGGUGGCUCGGGCCGGUCACUCUUCAGGGUGGCCCGGGCUGCCCUCGUAUUUCCGGAGUGCCGGGCGCAAAGAGGCGCCGCUGGACGCAGAGCAGAUCUCCAAAGAGGCUGAGGCGCUGUUGCGCGAGUUCCCCGUGCUCAGGGCUUUCCUGCGGGAUGUGGCCCAGCCAGUGCUCGGCACAGGGGGAGGCUCAGAAGGACUGGGGGCGGCUUUGUGUGGGAAAGCCACAGUAGGGAUGCUGUUUUGUGGGCCGCAGGGCGGGACGGGGCAGGCGCUGGCGGCCGAAGCUUUCCAGCAGGCUCUGAAUGGUGGAGAACUUGACCGAGCACUGGCCCUAUUGGAACUGUAUGCGCAGAGCGGCCAACAGGAGGCACUGAAGGACAGGUUGCUUGCAUACACUGCACUGGAAGGAGACCAUGGGACAGAGCAGUUGUUUCGAGUGAAGGACUGGCAGCUUCGCGGCCGUGUGAGUCUGCAGGGUUUGGAGCGCUGGCCUCUGGACAGCUGCCUGGAGCUGCUGCAAUACUGCCUCAGUGAUUCCAGUCCAGACGAGCCGCUGACACUGCAGCUCCGAAAGAAAAAAAACGAGCUCGACAUGUACCACAAGAUGCUGAACCUGCAGCCGCCAUUGGAAUGGCGAACGUGGCAGGAGCUAAAGGAGGAGUCCAGGAAGAAUCCUGAGUCCAUGCUGUCCCUCCUUCUGCAGACGCAGGAGUUUGAGCUGUGUGCUCAGUGGGUGCAGCUGUAUCCUGUCUCAGAGCAGUCUAAACUGCAGCUCCAGACUGAACACCUGCUUCAUCUGCUGGAGAAGGGCCGCACAGAGGAGGCCUUCCAGCUCCUGGAGAGCCUCUCUGAAUCGCUGGCUCUGGAGGUCAGCGAGCGUGCUCUGGAUCGGAGGCCCGGAUUGGCUGCCUGCCACUUCCUGUCUGAUUACCUCACACUGCACUUUCAGAGUCAAAUGACCCCGGCUCGAAGACGCCACAUACACGCCCUGCACCUGGGCUCUAAGGUGCUGCUGACGCUUCCGGAAGCUUCUCGGCAGGACUAUUUCCAGCUGCUGGCGGAUCCUCUGCUCAUGCUGGAGCAGCUGCUGAUGAACCUGAAGGUAGACUGGGCCUCCACUGCCGUCUCCACCCUCCACAACCUUCUACCAGCGCAGGAGGCCGGCAUCACCAACCAGCACAUCGACGCACUGCUGGCUGAGUACGGCCGCAAAGCCCUCGACUUCCCCUACGCCCCCCGAGAGUGGUCGCGCAGCGACUCGGUGAUCAGUCUGCAGGACGUUUCUCUGCAGUGUCCAGCUCAGGACAGCUCUCCGUCCUCCCCCAGCCACACGCCACCUCCCUCUGCAGGAGGUACUCCUAUCCACACCCCGUCUAGCUCCGCCCACGAUCGGGAGAGGGGCUCCACAAGGAGAAGGUCCCGCUCCUCUGCGACCCUCUUCACGCCCCCGGAUAAAACACCAGAGCGCAAAGACUGGAUACCUGACCACAAGAAGCAUAUCUGUAUGGUCUGCCAGAGAGAGCGGUUCACUAUGUUUAACCGGCGGCACCACUGCAGGCGCUGUGGAAGACUGGUGUGUCAGGCGUGCUCCAGCCGGAAGAUGGUGGUCGAGGGCCAUGAGGAGCCUGUGAGAGUGUGUGACCAGUGCUACAACUUCUUCCACCCAGACUCAGAUGAAGAGUUGGAGCAGGCAGAAGUAGCUGGCAGUCCCCUGUCUUCUGACGGGGUUCUGGACGGUGUCCUCAGUCUUCCUGAGAUUCCUCAGAAGCAGUACAGGCUCAGCCCAAACCCAGCCGAGAACCAGCAGAUACGCAGCGAGUUCUACUAUGAGCAGGCCCCCAGCGCUUCCCUGUGUGUGGCCAUCCUCACUUUUCACAGUGACCAUGCCGCCUGUGGCCACCAGCUAAUCGAUCAUUGCCGCUCAAUCUCCCGUAAACUGACCAAUCCUGAGGUGGACGCACGCCUCCUGACGGACGUGAUGCAACAGCUGAUGUUCAGCGCCAAGCUGAUGUUCGUUAGAGCCGGACGCAGUCAGGACCUGGCCCUCUGCGACAGCUACAUCAGUAAGGUGGACGUACUGAAGAUCUUGGUCAGUGCCAACUAUAAGUACAUCCCAUCACUGGACGACAUUCUGGAGACGGCGGCAGUAACUCGACUGAGGAACCAGCUGCUGGAAGCUGAGUACUAUCAGCUAGCUGUGGAGGUGUCCACUAAAAGUGGCCUGGACCCGAGCGGUGUGUGGCAUGCUUGGGGGAUGGCGUGUCUGAAGGCUGGCUGUCUGACCGGAGCUCGGGAGAAGUUCUCUCGCUGUCUGAAAGCUCCUGUGGACAGAAACCAGCUGACCCUGGGCCCCAGGCUGCUGCAGGAGAUCGUCCAGCACCUGGACUCCACCGUCCGGCCCACACUCAGCGUGUCAGUAGAUGAGGAUAUCCUGGCGUCUCUGGCGGAGUUGGAGGAGGCUCUGCGUGAGCUGGCUCCUGUGGAUCGGAUGGAGGUGCGGGCACAGCACUGUGGUCACUAUCAGGAGUGCCUGUACUAUCUGCUGACCUAUGGCACUCAUCUUAGCCUCAUCAGCUUCUACCUGCGCCACGACUGCCUCAGGGAGGCUGUAACACACCUGCUCAGCAAGGAGUGUCCAGAGGAGGUGUUUCUGGAGGGUGUCUUGCAGCCCUGUUUGGAGCGGGGGCGCUUGGGGGUUCUCCAGGCACAGCUAGAGACUCUGGACCCCUCAUUAGAGAGCUGGGGGCGAUACCUCAUAUCAGCCUGCCAGCUCCUCCAGCGCAAAGGCCAUUACCACACACUCUACCAGCUUCAGCAGUUUAUGAUGGAUCAUGUUCGGGCUGCUAUGACGUGUAUUCGUUUCUUCACGCACGGCGCUCACUCCUACCUGCAGCUGGGCGAGCAGCAGCGCUGGCUAGUUCGGGCCAAAGAGCACCUGAGGACGUACCUGCAGGAGCAGCAGAACCGCAGGAAACACUCUUCCUCCUCCUCCUUUAGGAAGAAGAUGAGUUCCAGUGAUGUCUCCAGACACAUGAACACCAUUGAGCUGCAGCUGGAAGUGACUCGUUUCCUGCAUCGCUGUGAAAGCUCCUCCCCCUCCAAAUCCACUAUAAGUCCUGCCCCAUCGGGGAACAGUGCCCCGCCCACCCUCUUUGGAGGGAGCGCCACGAAGGUGGACGUAGCCUGCAAGGUGAUGCUGGGGGGCAAGAACAUUGAGGAGGGAUUUGGCAUUGCUUAUCGUGUCAUACAGGAUUUCCAGUUGGAGGCGAUAGCGGUGUAUGUGCGAGUUGGUCAGCGGUUGGUGAGGCAGCGGCAGUACCAGGCGGUCCGGCAGCUGCUGAAGUGUGUGGGCGAGUCAGGCACGGCCACUAAAGGCGACUGCGACACCAUUGUCCUCAGCUGUGUAUCAGUCGCAGAGAGAAACCCAGCUGAUGCCAAAGAGUUGGAGUCUUUGAUUUUAGAGUGUAAGACACCAGAGAAUAAGAUAAAGGCGUAUCUGCAGUGCAGUAAGCUGAGGGCGGCAUACCUCUUGGCCGUGAAGCUGGACGUGGCCAAAGCGGGGCCGCUGGUGCAGGACGUCCUUCGGGCUGCUGAAAGCUCUGGCGACUCUGUCAUGCAGGAAAUCUGCCGUCAGUGGCUCUCUGAACACCAGGCUUCACGGCAACGUCACAGCAACAACAGGUAGCCAAAGGCGACGACUGCCAAUAGACUCGAACUCACACAAGCCCACUGGAGUUCAGAGCUUUGCUCUGAUUUGGUUGGUGUGGGUUUGUAUAGAUGCUGCUCGUUUAUUUCACUCAAAGUGAAUCACCAAUGUGCCAUCUCUGUCACGCGUUCGGGUCACGUGACUUUAGGGCCAAAUCCAUGGUCAAGCUUUCCAUCACUAGCACUUCUGAAAGUACAAACUGGGACUCAGCACGUCGCUAAUUCAGCGAUUUCUGCUACAUUACUCAAACCAGUCUUGCAGAACUUUAUGAGAGCAGGUGGCCUCUGCGGGUGCUAGACAAAACAGAUCACUAUCACAGCGAAAGUGGCAUCAUUAACAGUUAAAUCCAACCAAGAUCAAAUUUGUUUGGCUAAUGCUAAGUGAAAUUUGGGGGCUCCUUGAUGUAUUUUACAUAAUUCAGAGCAAGGGCUACCAGUGUUCACUCUGCAUUAGCCAAAUUGGAAUGUGUGGUCAGAUUCUCUCUGUCAUGCAGAUGGAAUUUGCAGGAAACAACUCAUUUCAAAUCCACAUGCAACAGUUAAACAAGCUUUUGAGGGCUAAAUUUGGACCCUUAUUGGACUCUAUUACAUUCAGUCCUGGAAUAAACAGUGUUGAAGAAUCCCCAUUCAAACUGCUGGUCUAAGACUAGAAUAGGAACAUCCCAGCGUUUUUCUAAUCUCUGUCUGCUGUGUUUGUAUUGUACCGUUGAUGACCACAGAUAGUCAUUUAGAGACAUACUUAAAAAAAUAACUGAAAGCUGACAUAUAAUAGAAGCCAAUGAGUGCGUUUACGUGCACUUAGAAAUCUGAUAACUGCAGAAAAUCAGUUUUUUGUCAGUAAUCUGAUCGUGUUUACAUGCAGUUGAGUAAUCAGAUAAUGGGAAACUCCAGGUCUAUAUGACUCAGACAAUUGGAUUUCUGUUUUGCAGCCGGCCAGUAAACUUACAGAAGAAGACGUGAUGUAAACUUCAUGCCGCAGCUUUUUUUUUUUAAAUACAUUGCACCACUUUACCUAAAAAUAUGUACAUACGUCACCUAGAAGAUGAAGAAUAUUUAAAUCCUUCAUUUCAAGCAUGUAGUCAGUUUCAGCGUCGCUCCACAAGUGUUUUGCUGCAAUCUCACAGCAAUGCUGCUUGCUUAUUUCCAGUACUGCACAUGUGCAGACUGAGAACUCAGAAAGAAAUCAGAGUAAGAGUUUACAUGCACUGAGAAAUGUGAGUACUGAGCUAAAAUCCAGCCUCUUUAUCAGAUUCCUUUAGCGGAUUUCUAGACCUUACUCCGACCUAAAAAAUCGGAGUGUGCUGUUUAUUGAAUAAUAAAAACUGCAGAAAUCUGAUUAUGAUCAGAUUAUCGAGUGCAUGUAAACACACUCAUUGGGCAGUUGCUGCAUCCUGUGAAUGAAUGCUCGAAGUACUUAAUGAAGGCUUCAUAACAUAAAUUCCAAAAUACGUUACAUUAUACGUGCCAAGAUGAGACUGGCAUAAGUUUUGCAUGUGCAUUGUACACGAUAAUCAACCACAUGCUACAGAUGUGGUAGAUAGAGAUUAAGUAGAAAGAAUGCUGGAAUAUUCCUUUGUAAGUUUUACAAAUGUCACUUUUUCCAGUAUUAGUCUCAAUUUGAAUAGCCUACCUCAGGUGAAGGGGGUUCUUCUUUAGCAUUCCCACUGAUCUUUAGAGCACUUUGCUUCAGCAGGACUCUGUAAGUGACCUAUCACUAUUUUUGGCCCAUAUGUGUCAAAUGGCUCAGAACAGAGGAUUCAGUAUUAGAUCCCCCCAAUCUAUAAUAUGAUGUAUUAGCCUAAUUAAGAUUAUAUUAUUAUAAAUAUUAUCCUGCUCCAGCAUCAUUACAUUAGAUGCCUCUAUUUAAAAGAAUACUCUAGAUUUUUUAAAACCUAAUUUCUGUCUGCUUCUUUUGUAGCAAAGUGACCACAGAUGAUAGUUCUGACUCUUUACAUUGAAAGGAACAAAAAACUGACUUUAAACACGGUGAGAAUAGACGCCAGUGGGCAGAUGCUGAAGCAGGUGCCCAUUAGCUUCUAUUAUGAGUGCAUUUUGCGUUACAGUUAUGGCAGAUUGAGAUCUGUUUAAAAUAUAUCGGGGCAUUCUUUUAAAAGGGGAAUUCCACCAAUUUUUCAAAAUCUCUGCUUAUUUCAAUGGUUGAUGUUGUGAACAAAGCCAUUCAGAGUGGUUUGGUGUGAAAUGGUUGAUUGUAGAGACUCAGAUUUCUUUCCAGUGGUGGUGAUAAGAACCAGGGGUUACCAUGACUACAGCACAAAUAUAGGCAUUUUAUUUACUAUCCAAAAGGAUCAGUGAAGUUUUUAUAUGUAAUGCUGGUCAUGUUAAAUAAUGAUAAAUCCAAAACCUGUGUUUUCUUUUAUUACUAUUUCACGGUACAUAUACCUGUCUGUUAUGAAUGGAUUAAAACAAUACAUUUUGGGCUAACAAGUGAUCACUUCUCUCAAAAACUAUAGCAAAACAAGGCAUCAGGCAGCGUAUUAAAUCCUUCAGACGUCUGGUUCAUAUUACCACCACUGUGAACAAAUCUGACUCAGUAAGUUUCUCUUGAAUGGAGCAUCUCACACCAAACCACUCUAAAUGACUGUUCAUAUCAUAGCUAUUAAUUAUGCAGAAAUAAUGAUAAAAUCAGUGAAGUAAUCCUUUAACUAAUGACAAAAGCCUUAAUACUGUUAUGAAAUGAUGAUAUGCGCUUAUUUUAGACAGUCGGCAGUGAACACUUCACCUACAGUCCCCACAGUAUGAAAGGGAACUGGAUGCUACUUGACGCUUUGGGGAUGAGGGCAUUAGUAAGAAGAAUGAAUGCGAUCAAAAUAAGACGUGAUAAGGGAGCCUGUGGACGUCACAGGGAUAUUGAAUAGCACACCUGAAGAUGGUCUAAUAGUGAACUAAUAUUAUAGCAUCCUUUAAUAUAUUAAAAUUAUGUAAUGUUCAUUAUUUCUUUCAGCAAUAUUGACAGUCCUAAAUCUUUACCUUCUCUGAAAUUAUGUGCACUGCCUUUGGAUGUCAGAUUCCAGUUCUGUCAGGUGUGUAUGUGUAUGUAUGUGUACGUGUCUGAAAAUGUCACUUUAUUUCAUGUAUUUUCUCUGCUCUAUUUGUAUAAAGAUAGUGGUUAUGAAUGUGUUUUUGUGUGUAAUGUGAUGUUUACUGUCUGACUCUUUCCUGUAAUUCUCCUAGGCCAGUCUUUGUUCAGCAGAGAAUCCACAUUAAAGGCGUAUUCCAGCAUUUUUCAACUUAAUCUCUGUUUGUCGCGUCAGUAGUGGCUGGUUACUAUGGUAAUCAUUUCAACACAUUUCCCUGAACUUCAAUAAGGACGGAAAGUCUGCUGGCUACAGGGAAGUUAGAUGGACAGUUGGCUGUGGACUAGAUGUGCAUUUCAGUCUACUUUGCUAUUCAAAUUUGUAGGGAAUAAUUCACAAAAUAUUUGAAUAAUACCACCCGUGACCGCACACAUCAGACGAACACCACCAGAGACAGUGACAUCACUGAGCAACUUAGUAUUGCUGUAUUAAUUAAACCCAGACCACAAGUACACAGCAGAUGACCUGUGGUUUGAGAUCUACCCUAAGAAACAUGUUUUUCAGAUAAACAGACGCCAUUAGCCACACUGUUUUUCACUAUAUGAUUAAGCUGGAAAACAGCAAAGCUAGGGUUCAUUAGCUGAUACCGAACAUAACAAAUGAAAAAGUUCUAUUACAUCAAAUCUAUAUGAGUGAAGUUAAAAAUGAACUCGAUUUUAAUGUGCUGUAGCUGCGCUUUGUAACCCGGCGGUGGCGCCAGAGCUUCUCUUUUAGUGUGCAGUAGCCUUUAGUCAGCUCCAGUAAUCUUUCUACAUAAGGAAGCUUAUGAUGAGUUAUUUAGCUGAUAUCAAACAUAAUUAAAAAAAAAAAAAGUUUUAUUACAUCAAAACUAUAUUAGUAAAGUUAAAAAUGAGCUCGAUUUUAAUGUGCUAUAGCUGCGCUUUGUACUAUCAGCAACCUGGCGCCAGAGCUUCUCUUCUGAUGUGCAGUAGCCUUUAGCCAGCUGCAGUAAUCCUUUGCUGCUUUCUUUGAGAUAAACAGAUUAGAAACUCUGACCAAAAUAGAAAACACAGGCUCUUGGUGGAGUUCUGACAUCUCAUGGUUCAUAAAUAUGAGAAUAUCUAACAAUAAAGUAAGAAGCACAAAAGAUUACUGCAGCUGGCUAAGGGCUACUGCACACCAGAAGAGAAGGUUUGGCGUCGGGUUGCAGAUAGUACAAAGCGCAGCUAUGGCACUUGAGCUCGAGCUGAUUUUUAACUUCACUCAUAUAGAUUUGAUAUAAUAAAACUUUUUGAUUUAUUAUGUUCUGUCUCAGCUUACUAAUUCACUAUAAACCUGCUUAUCGCUGCUGUCGAAACAAAACCUUGUACGUCCAAAAUGAUAACUUUACAGGAAAAGGAAAAAACAUACUUGACUUUUAAUGUAAGUCAGUGUAACCAUAUUUUUUUCCAAGUAAUUUUGCACCGUUUCUUUUGGUCCAUUCAUUAUGAAAUUUACAAACAACAUAAAAGGCAACAGGUAUUUUCAAAUUAUGUCAAAAACUGAAAAAGGCCAAAAAUACAAGGUUUUGUUCCGACAGCAGCGUUAUGUAUAAAGAAUACUGCAUCUGGCUGAAGGCUACUGCACACCCGAACAGAAGCUUCUCUCCUGGUGUGCAGUAGCCUUUAGCCCGCUGCGGUAAUUUUUUAUGUUUCUUUUUGUGAGAUAAACAGAUUAGAAAUUUUGACCAAAAUGGAAAGAAACAGGCUGUUGGUGGAGUUCAGACAUCUCAUAUGUAUGAACCAUGAGAAUGUAUAACGUUAGAGAGAAGCUAAUUUACAUUUAAAAAGAGUGACCAUUUAAACGUUCUUGACUAUUUGAAUAUACCAACUACGGAUGCUGCAGAUAGAGAUUAGUUGAAAGACGCUGGACUUUACCCUGCACUCGUAGCUUAAUCUGUAAAACUGGCACUUAAUGUUUGAGGGUUUUCUAUUCACAAGCUUGCCUUUAAUCACUUAAUCAACUGGAGAAUGGGACAAAUAAACUCGUAAAGGGACAUCAUUUGUGACGUCUGAUGAUGGUAAUAGAGAAUUACGUUACAGUAAACCUGUUUACACUGUCUAUGCACUCAGAAUGAAAUUAAAUUUAAUAAGACUGUUACACAGUUUCACUAAAUGCAUCUGACCAAUCAAUAAAGUCAUGUUUUUUUUCAUCAGGAAAAAAACAAUAUGCAUUA